UUCAAAUUCUGAAAUUUAGAUUUAGAAAAUUUUGAGAUCGCUCUUCCACUCUUCUUCAAUUCUCUCACAACUUGGAGACUCCAACAAUCAAAAAACCUAACUGGCUUAACCAAUGUCUGCUCAAAAGGGAAGCAUGGACAGUGGAAAUACAAGGAAACGUAUGAAACCUGAGGUUCAGGAAAAGACACGAGAUGAAGCAGAAUCACAGAUUGUGCUUGUACAGGAGGAAGGAUUUGAGACUAACCAAAUUGGGUCUGAGGAAAUGGAACUCAAUGUUUCUCUUGUUCUUGAGAAGAUUGAGAAUUUUACUCAGAGGGUAUCUGAGCUCUUGGAAUCAGGGAAAACAAUGCUUAAGGAGCUAUGCAAUGAAUUUGAAGAGAAACUGAUUAUGCGAGUUAUGAAGUUACCAUUGAACAUUCAAAGCUGAAACUAUCUUUCACUUUUAAUAUUGUUAGUUUUUGACUUUUUGUGGUGUUAUUCUUUUAACUUUCCAAUAUGCAGGAUUCACAAGGAGCAGGUCGAAAAAUGGCAGGAAGAAAUCAAAGAACUGCGUGCACUUGAUGCCUCAAAUGAGGAAGCCAAUGCUCUUCUGCAAAAUGCUCGAUAUGUACUUCAGCUCACUCGAAAUGAUUAGUCAAUGUAGAUGCCUCUUGUCAUGUCUAGGUAUAUGCAUAAUCUCUCACCCCUUUAAACAUUAUUAAUCAGGUAAAGAGUAUACUUCGAUAGAAGAUGUGUGAAUGUGCCAACUCUGGGAAUACUUAGGUUGUUUUGGAUCAUUAAUAUCCAAUUCAUUUCUGUUGGGCUGUGUUUUACGGUUUAUCAUUAGGUUGUUUUGAGUCAUGGCAUUUGGUUACUCUUGUUGGAGGUAGUGUAAUAGUAAUGACAGAUAAAUCUGUAGCAUUUUAGUUUGAGGGCUGGCAUUUCAGAAACAAGACCAAUGUUUCUUGAAUUAUGUAAGUGUGCAUGGUAAAAGAGAUGCAGUAGUAACAGGUUUUCUGUUUUGAACUUGCCUUUGUUU